CUCUCUCUAUUUAUCUCCAACAAACUCAGCUAAUAUAACAUACCCAAAAUCUCCUCUCCUUCAUCUUCCCCCAUCUGACCCCACGCCUCCUUUUCUUUAAAGACUUUCUCUCUCUAAAACUCUCUUUCUUCUCUCAGUUCUGAAUAUACUCACAAUUACAAUUCUUUCCCCAAAACCUCAAAAUCCUAUAAAGGUAGAGAGAGAGAAACCAUACAGUAAUUAUUCACUUGCUUUAUAGUACCUCUCUCUUGCCAGCUUUUCAUACUCUCCUCUCCACACCGUCUACUCUCUCUAAAUCACAUCUCAUCAUCAACAUCUUCAGGAGAGAGAAAAAGAGAUCUCAGAAGGAAGAAAGAGUAUGCAGGAAUAUGGAAAACAACCCAAGAUUGGCAUGAUAUGACAGUUAACAUAAAUUGGAGUGAAAGCAAACACAAUUUGGGGGAUCUUUCUGCAUUGUUCUGGUGUUUGCCCAAGUGCCCUACCUGUGGAAUUUAAAGACAGCAGAUUGUGGGAGUUUCAGUGGUCCUGUUCUCUGUUUGAAAAAAAAAAAAAAAAUUAAUAAGAAGGGCAAUUAGGAAGCAUCUGAGACGAUGUCUAGCUCCGUGAAAGCUUUGGAACCUGCAUUUCAGGGAGCGGGUCAGAAAGUAGGAACUGAAAUUUGGAGAAUUGAGAACUUUCUGCCAGUUCCUUUGCCAAAAUCUGAUUAUGGUAAAUUCUACUCAGGCGAUUCAUAUGUUGUGUUGCAGACAACUCCUGGCAAGGGUGGUGCUUAUUUGUAUGAUAUACACUUUUGGCUUGGAAAAGAUACAAGCCAGGACGAAGCUGGAACAGCAGCUAUCAAAACUGUUGAACUUGAUGCAAUUCUUGGUGGGCGUGCAGUACAGCACAGAGAACUUCAAGGUCAUGAAUCUGACAAAUUUUUGUCAUACUUCAAACCAUGCAUUAUACCUCUGGAUGGGGGUGUUGCAUCUGGAUUUAAGAAACCAGUGGAGGAAGAAUUUGAAACACGAUUAUAUACGUGUAGAGGAAAACGAGUUGUCAGAUUGAAGCAGGUCCCUUUUUCUCGGUCCUCUCUGAAUCAUGAUGAUGUUUUUAUCCUGGACACUAAAGAGAAGAUUUUUCAAUUCAAUGGUGCAAACUCCAAUAUCCAGGAAAGGGCAAAGGCAUUGGAAGUAAUUCAGUUUUUAAAGGACAAGUAUCAUGAGGGGAAGUGUGAUGUUGCAAUUGUUGAUGAUGGAAAACUACAAGCCGAGGGAGAUUCUGGUGAAUUCUGGGUCCUCUUUGGCGGCUUCGCUCCAAUUGGCAAAAAGGUUGCUAGUGAAGAUGAUGUUAUUCCAGAGAAGACUCCUGCCAAACUGUAUAGCAUUAUUGAUGGUCAGGUUAAGACCAUUGAUGGUGAACUUUCCAAAAAUAUGUUGGAAAACAAUAAAUGCUAUUUAUUGGACUGUGGUGCUGAGGUAUUUGUUUGGUUUGGCCGGGUAACACAAGUGGAGGAUAGGAAAGCUGCCAGCCAAUCUGCUGAGGAAUUUGUUGCUAGCCAAAAUAGGCCAAAGUCAACACGCAUAACUCGGAUUAUUCAAGGUUAUGAGACACAUUCAUUCAAGUCCAACUUUGAUUCUUGGCCAUCAGGGUCAGCACCCGCUGCUGCUGCUGAGGAGGGAAGAGGAAAAGUGGCAGCUUUGCUGAAGCAACAAGGGGUUGGAGUCAAGGGAAUGACUAAAGGUGCCCCUGUAAAUGAGGAAGUCCCACCUUUGCUAGAAGGAGGGGGGAAAAUUGAGGUAUGGCGCAUUAAUGGUAGUGCCAAGACUCCAGUACUCAAAGAUGACAUAGGUAAAUUUUACAGUGGAGAUUGCUACAUUGUUCUUUACACCUACCACUCUGGUGAUAAGAAAGAAGAUUACUACUUGUGCUAUUGGAUUGGGAAGGACAGCAUUGAGGAGGACCAAAAGAUGGCUGCUAGGUUGGCUACUACAAUGUGCAACUCAUUGAAGGGGAGACCUGUUCAGGGUCGCAUAUUUCAAGGGAAAGAGCCACAACAAUUUGUUGCCAUCUUUCAGCCUAUGGUGGUCCUAAAGGGCGGAUUGAGCUCUGGUUACAAAAACUAUGUCGCAGACAAAGGUUUAAAUGAUGAAACUUACACUGCUGAUAGUGUUGCACUCAUUCAGAUUUCUGGAACAUUUGUGCAUAACAAUAAAGUUGUUCAAGUUGAUGCGGCAGCGGCGUCAUUGAAUUCUAAUGAGUGUUUCCUUCUUCAAUCUGGCUCUUCAAUAUUCUCUUGGCAUGGAAAUCAGAGUACCUUUGAGCAGCAGCAAUUAGCUGCAAAAAUUGCUGAAUUUUUGAAGCCAGGGGUAACUGUGAAACACUCCAAGGAAGGAACUGAGAGCUCAGCCUUCUGGUUUGCACUUGGAGGGAAACAAAGCUACACCAGCAAAAAGGCAGCUCAGGAGGUUGUCAGAGAUCCCCACUUGUUCUCAUUCUCAUUUAAUAAAGGAGGAAAGUUUGAGGUCGAAGAAAUUUAUAACUUUUCUCAAGAUGACCUGUUGACUGAGGACAUCUUGAUACUAGACACGCAUGCUGAAGUAUUUGUUUGGGUUGGUCAGUCUGCAGUCCCCGAAGAAAAGCAAAAUGCCUUUGCAAUUGGUCAGAAAUACAUAGAGAUGGCCACAGCUCUGGAGGGGUUAUCAUCAUCUGUACCACUAUAUAAAAUCACGGAGGGAAAUGAACCAUGCUUCUUCACAACCUUUUUUACUUGGGAUCCUGCAAAAGCUACUGCUCAUGGGAACUCAUUUCAAAAGAAGGUUAUGUUACUCUUUGGGGCAGGUCAUGCUGUGGAGGAUAAGUCCAAUGGGUCCAAUCAGGGAGGACCAACACAGAGAGCUUCAGCUUUAGCUGCCCUAUCCUCUGCAUUUAAUCCAUCUUCUGGGUCCAAAACUGGUGCUGCUCUAAGGCCAUCAGGCGCCAAUCAGGGAUCACAGAGAGCAGCUGCUGUAGCUGCUUUAUCUUCAGUUCUUUCUGCUGAAAAGAAGCGCUCUCCUGAAGCCUCUCCUGCACGACCCACUAGAAGUCCGCCGGCAGAAGCUAGCCCUCAUGCCGAAACGAAGAGUGAAAAUACCCAUUCAGAGGUAGAGAAUUCUAAAGAUGCUUCCGAAGUUGAGACAGAGGUCCUUAAGCCUGUAUCAGAGAGUAAUGGUGAGGAUUCAGGACCAAAGCAAGAGGCAGUGCAAGAUGAAAAUGGUUGUGAAAGUGGUCGAAGUACGUUUAGUUAUGAACAGCUGAAGGCUCAUUCUGACAACCCAGUAUCUGGAAUUGAUUUUAAACGAAGAGAGGCUUAUCUGUGUGAUGAGGAAUUCAAGGAUGUGCUGGGGAUGACGAAAGAAGCAUUCUAUAAAUUGCCAAAAUGGAAGCAGGAUAUGCAUAAGAAGAAAGUCGAUCUCUUCUAGGGACUGAUUCACCAAAUUCGAGUGAUUUCUCUCCUUUUGCAUCUUUACUUGCAAUUCCUUGAAUGUCUUGACUCUUUUCUACCAGAGCAACGUGGUUUUUAUUGAUCCACCAUCCCUAGAUUGCCAUAUCUCGAGUUUUUCUGUUUGCUGGAUGACGACCACAGCUGUUGUUAGUAUUGGUAUCCAUUGUGUGAUGCCCCUGAAGAGUGCUUUUUUUCCCCUCUUUAACUACUGCUACAUAUGUUAUGGUCAAACAUUGUAGAUUAAAGACAGCAGGCAAGUCACUUAUCAACAAAAAAAAAAAAAAAAAAAAAAAAAAAGACAGCAGGCAAGUCGAUUCUUUCAUUUGGUUGGUAUGUAUCUCAGUUUGUGGUUCUUGACUACGUAUUUCUUUGUUUUAAAUCAUUUAUUUGUCAAAAAAGGGUGUAUAUGUGUUGCAUUUGUACCGAAUUACAAUAUUAAUGAAUUAAGAAUUUGUUGUUUGCCAUCAAA